CGAGAAUUGACUCUGCCAGGGCUAGGUGUCUGUUCAGAGGACACAGAGAUCACGGAUAUUUUCCCUCCUGCCUUCUGACGACCUCGCCAUGGCUGGAGAGGCCAGGCCGGGCCCUGCCCAGCAGGGCGAGAAGAGGCAUCAGGACACAGCCCUCUCUUGGGUGUAUGAGUACCAAAGGAUCCCUCCGCUCAUCAGUCAUGUGCCUGUCAAGAUCCGGAAGACCCAGGUGCGCUUGGGGGUCAAGGGCAGCUUCAGUCCCCACAAGGGCGCCAGAAAGAGCCACCUGCCCCGAGAGCAGAUAAAGCUCCAGACUGAGGAGCUGCACUCCAUCAGGGGCGAGCUGAGCCAGAUCAAAGCCCAGGUGGACCGUCUCCUGGAGAAUCUGGAAUGCAUGGACCAGCAGAGGGAUCAGCUUCCAGGUGGAGCACCAACUGUGGACCCAGGCCACAUUCCCAGGUCAGAGGACAGUGAAGAAACCAAGCGCCCAGGCAGUAAGGGUUCCUCAUGCAGAAUCACUGACCUCCAGCAGGAGCCCAGGGGCCAGAGCGCCCAUCCGGAAUCAGACAGCUUUGAGGACAGCUUAGACCCAGAGGAGGCAGGGAAGAACCAUGCAUCAGACCUGGAGGGCAGCCAGUAGAAGGGUGGAACCCCUCCGGGCUCCUUCGCUUGCCUCGUGUGGAUUCCUGAAGGCCUCCCGAAGGAGACUCUGCCACCAGAGGCACCCAUUCUAGAAUGAGCACAGUGAAAGUGGAAGCAAGGCUCAGCCAGACCAGCCAGGAAGCCUCCCCCAUGAAUGGUGGCUUUUGCUUCGGAGGUCAUGUUUCCAGAUGGGGGCCGAGAGGGAGGCCUGCAGCUGCUUAGCACAAGCUCACUGCGCUCAUCAAGCUGAGGCCAUCUUGCAAGGGGCAGCUGCCCAGGCCCCGCCUGGACACAUGUCAGCUCCUGGGGACAGCAGGCACCGCGCUGGCUCCUCUUCCCCAUCCCCCUGCCAGUUCCCAGUGUGGCGUGACCCGCAGCAGCCAGCCACAUUGGUGCCAAGGAAACUCAUAUGCCUACAGUCCCCCUUCCAGUCUGAAACGGAGCUUUAAGUUCCUCAGUGUGCGCCCCCACAAAACCCCCUCUAGUGCCAGACUCCUCACCUACCCUAUAAAGCCAUCCUUCAGAAUAGGGGUAUCAUUUUUACAUCCUAUUUCUAUCGUGUCUCUUGCUGGUGUGAUACUAUGUACUUCAGAUCGGCUCUGGAAAUACUAUUAUGUCAAAAGGGCAAAAAUAAAAUUUGUG